UGUACACUCUGAAGAGCUGCACAUGUAAAGUGUAGCAACAAAACUGAGCUUUCAUCUCAAGUUUUCAACAUGCAGCGCAGCUUUCCGCAUUCGGAGAUCAGGCGGAGGAGCCCCUAAACAACUUGUUACAGAAAAGAACCUGCGUUUAUGAGAAUCAACCUACGCUGUCUGACUUUCACUUGACUACACUGACAAAACCAUAACCUGCAAUGAUGAAUGUGACAGACAACAACUGCAGUACCCCUUCAGCAGAGUACCAAUACUACCUUUACCCAACAGUCUACAUCAUAGCUUUACUUGUAGGUCUACCGGGGAAUCUGGCAGCCCUCAUCGCCUUCACCUUCAGGACAACUGACCGCACAGCCUUCAGUGUGUACAUCAGUAAUCUGGCUCUGGCAGACAUCGUCAUCAUCUGCACUCUACCCUUUAGGAUCCACUACCACAUCAAUGGAAACAAUUGGGUGUUUGGAGAUGUCGUCUGCCGUGUCACCGGGAUUAUGUUGUUUGCCAACAUCUACAUGAGCAUCUGUUUCAUGACUUGUAUCUGUGUGGAUCGCUACAUGGCUACUGUACAUCCUCACACCUAUUUGAGGCUGCGGAGCCUCUGGUGCUCUCUGGUUGUGAGUGUGCUGCUCUGGUGUGUGGUUGGAGUAGCUAUGCUAGUCUUUAUCCUCAUGGGGCCUCUGAAAACCAAUGACGACGAAUCUGGAAGCCACAAGUGCUUCGAGAAUUUCGACAAGACUGAGUGGAGCUCACGUUUGGUGGCUUACAGCGUGGUGAGCCUGAUCUUCGGCUCCCUGCUGCCCUCCACGAUCACCCUGGUGUGUUACCCACUGGCUGCGAGCCGUAUUUCCAUGAUAAAGACUAAAACAGCCCAAAAAGCUGUGAGAGUCAUUUACACCAUCCUGGCUAUAACGCUGCUCUGCUUCCUGCCCUACCAUGUGGUGUACCUGCUGCAUCUCCUUAGGCGAAUGGACAUCAUCCAGAGAUGCUCCUCUGUCAAUGCCAUCUACAAUGCCAGGCGGGUCACCAUGGCGCUCGUCAUCCUUAACACUUGCAUGGACCCCGUGCUUUACUAUGUCACCACCAGCCAAUUCAAAUGGAAGCAUUUAAAGAUGACAUGGCUGUGGAGAAGAGUCAGAAGGAGGAGGGGUGUUUAUAACAUUGCAGAUGGAUGAGCGAAGGGGGUAAAGCACAUGCCUGCUAUAAAUAUAGCUCUGUAUAUGCUUCAUUGUCAUUGUAAUUUUCUAUGUUGUAAAAUUUUUAUUUUUUUAAUAAAAAUGUUCAAACUGGCUUUGUACAUCAAAAUAAAGGGAGAAAUCAGUA